ACUCAGACAGUCACAACAUCAGCUCAUGGCCCAGACGGAUUAUCCACGAAGAAGGAUUUACAACUACCAUUCAUAGGCCUGAGGGCCACAAUCAAUCUACAAGAUGUCGUGGAAGAAGAGCGAGAGGUUGAUGGAUACCAUCAAGCAUUACUCGGGCUUCCCUGCGACGGGCGUGAGCUUGAGGCAGAUGGUUCAAUUCGGAGAGAGACCGUCAACAGGAACACUUUUCCGUGCUUCUCAAUUCCUUUCAGAGGAGCUUCCCAUACGUCUUGCACACCGUGUACAGGAGCUUGGAGAUCUGCCAGAUGGACUGAAUGAGAUGCCAUCGAUCAAAAAAGUCCAGGACUGGUACGCACAAUCAUUUGAGGAGAUCACCACUCUGCCACGGCCACAGCUUUCCAAAGAUGUUCGCGAUCGACUCAUGAAACCCGGUAAGACGAACGGGAGACCCUCUAGAAUUCUUACAGAAGCUACACACAACCCCAGCGUGGAACGAGGACAAUAUAGCUCUUCACCGUGGCAGCCAAACGGGAAUGGCAAUGGGAACGGCCAUGACUCCAAGAAAGCCGCUGCAACGCGGCGGUAUUUUGCCACAGUAGAAGAUAGUACAGACUGGCCUCCCGAGCUUCACGAUUAUAAUCAGCGCUUUGCAGACACCCUCAACCAGAUCAAGAGGCGGCAUGACGGUGUGGUGACCACUGUUGCUCAGGGAAUCCUAGAAUACAAACGCAAGCGGCAACGGAUGCAGAUUGACAACAACAUCCAAUCGUUCUUAGACAGAUUCUAUAUGUCUCGAAUUGGUAUUCGAAUGCUCAUUGGGCAACAUAUUGCCUUAACGGACCAAAGCCAUAACAAGGACCCCACCUACGUUGGAAUCAUUUGCACGAAGACCAAUGUCCGAGAUCUAGCUCAAGAAGCCAUUGAGAACGCUCGAUUUGUCUGCGAAGAUCAUUAUGGCUUAUUCGAUGCUCCUAAAGUACAACUCGUGUGUCCGCCAAACCUCAACUUCAUGUAUGUCCCAGGGCAUUUAUCACACAUGCUCUUCGAGACUUUGAAGAACUCCCUUCGAGCUGUGGUAGAAACACAUGGACAAGACAAGGAAGAUUUCCCCGUUACUAAAGUGGUUGUGGCAGAAGGAAAAGAGGAUAUCACUAUCAAGAUUUCAGAUGAAGGUGGUGGAAUACCUAGAAGCGCUAUACCUCUCGUUUGGACAUAUAUGUACACGACAGUAGACACAACACCGAGUCUGGACCCAGAUUUCGACAAGAGCGAUUUCAAGGCACCCAUGGCCGGUUUUGGAUAUGGUCUACCAAUUUCGAGAUUAUAUGCGAGGUACUUUGGAGGAGAUCUUAAGUUGAUUAGUAUGGAAGGAUAUGGAACAGAUGUAUACCUCCAUCUUAACCGGUUAUCGAGCUCUUCCGAACCCCUCCAAUAACAAUCAGCAGUCAUGAGGGGCAGUGGAAUGGGCUUCGCAUCCCCCAGUUCCGGGUCCCAAGGAUUGACGAUGCAGUGGCGUAAG